AUGCGGCGGGCGAGGAGCCAAAUAAACUUGGAAGAAUUAGGGAUCGGGGAUCUCAGGACCAGAAAGGCUGUCACUGGAGCGCUGGUCCUCGAGAUCCCCGGUUUCGAAGGACACGCCAGGGCGGACGCCCUGGCUAACAGAAUGUCGGCCCUCUUCGCCGACAAAAAGGACGUGCGGAUAGCGCGAUCCACAAAGAGGGCCGACAUCCGGGUCCGGGACCUAGACGACGCGGCCACCGUGGAGGACGUAAUCUCCGCGGUGGCGGUCGCCGGGGGCUGCGGGCCCGGAGAAAUUAAGGCCGGGGAGAUCCGUCUUGGACCCGACCGCAUGGUGACGCUCUGGUUACGGUGUUCUCUUGCGGUCGCGAAGAAGAUUGCUGACGGAGGACGCAUACGCGUCGGGUGA